UGAGGCUGUAGAGUCUUUAGCUGGUGAGAAUAACGUGAAAUGAAGUAAAGCUGAGAUGUAACUGAAGCUCAGACGAACAGAGCAGAAGAAUAAAGACAAAAGAGUCAAAACAGAAGAAUAAAAACAGAAGAGUUAAGAUAGAAGAGUCAAGAAAUAAGAGUAGAGAAAGAAGAGUCAAAGCAGAAGAGUCAAGACAGAAGAAUAAAGACAGAAGAGUAAAUCUGCAGUAAGUUUCUAGUACAUUCCUAAUACAUUGGCAGUACACUGGGAGUACAUUUGGAGGGUCGUGGCUGUAAAACUCCGACUCCUGGCUGCUCUGGGUACAUUUCCGUGUGUCUGUGGUUUGCGUUCAGCCUCUUUGUUCAGUUUACGGUGGAUGUUUUUGGGGGUUGGUGUGUUUUCGCAGCAUUCCUGUGUGGAGGAGAAGCUGAGGAGCAGCAGCAGCUGGAGAACACAAUCAAGGAUGCUGUGGGCCGAGUCAGAGUGACCCGGAACCACUGAGUCAGCUUCUCUUCAGAACCACCAGAACCUGAACCAGAACCUGAACCUGAACCUGAGCCUGAACCUGAACCUGAACCUGAACCUGAACCUGAACCUGAACCUGAACCUUGGUCCACCAGGAUGCUUUCCGUGGUGUCGCUGCUGCUGCUGCUCUCGGCAUCCUGCAGCUCCACUCUGGUCGUCGUGAACUCAGGUGUGGAGGUCACCAGAGGACGUUGGGUCUUCGUCAGGCAGACAGAGCUGCAGAUCAGCGUGGACCCGACCUCCGACUGUAAGGUGGAGGUGGUGAUGAACGAGCCGGUGACCCAGCGGGUGGGCAGGUUGACUCCACAGGUGUUUGACUGCAGCUUCCUGGAAGACGAAGUGAAAUACGUCCAUAAUGGAAGUCCUCUGCUGGACGAGGACACGGUGAAGCUCCGGGUCUACAGGUUCACGUCUUCGGACACGUUGGUUCAGACGGUGGUUCUGAAGGUCCAGGUUCUGGACUCUGAUUCUGGACUGGUGGAGCUGGGCAGCGUUCCACUGGUGGUUCCUCAGUUUUACGGUUUGUCCAACGCCAUCAACGGCUCAGUUCUGAACAUCAGAACGUCUGGUCUGAUCUGCAGCGUCCGACUGAUGAACACCGACGUCAGCGUCCCUGCUGUGGGUCAGCUGGUCCGGGAGGAGGAGUCCAGCCAGAGGACAGGCCGACAGACGGCGGCUCUCUGUCCUGGAAACAAACCUUGCCUCCAUCACACCAAGCAGCUCGACUUCCUGAAGACCAGCUGCACAGACUUCCUGAGCUCCGGCCUGAAGUACCAGCACCUCAGUCCUCCAUCUCCAGAGAUCGACUUCAUCCCCAUCAGGGUGGAGCUGAGGCAGCCGGCUACCAGGGCCCUGCUGGAGUCUGAGGCUGUUUGGCUGCCGGUUCUGAUCCACGGCGCCAUGCAGAACCAGCCACCCCACGCAGCCUUCAUGGCCUCCUUCAUCCUAGAGGUGGACCAGUUCAUCCUCACGCCGCUGACCACCGCCGCCCUGGACGCCGACGACCACGAGACGCCGCGGGAGAAGCUGGUCUUCAACGUGACCGAACCGCCUGCCGACGGCUACAUCACUCACCUGGACGACCACACCAGGCCGGUCCAGUCCUUCACCUGGACAGACCUCAACGACAUGAAGGUGGCCUACCAGCCGCCCAACAGUAGCCUGACGCACCGCAGGAACUACCAGGUGGCGUUCCAGGUGAUAGACGGGUCCUACCUGAGCAGCCCACGCAUCACCGUCCACAUCUCCAUCAGGGCGUCCGAAACUAACGCACCCAGAGUGUCUUGGAACAUGGGCCUGGACCUGCUGGAGGGUCAGUCUCGACCAAUCACGUGGGAGGAGCUGCAGAUCGUCGACAACGACAACAUCGACGGCGUUUACCUGGUGGCGGUGGACGGACCUGUGCAUGGACGUCUGAGUGUCAGAGGCGUGAAGGCGUUCAUGUUCCGGGUGAAGGACCUGAGGGAGGGCGUGGUUGUCUACCAUCACUCCGACAGCGACUCCACCCGUGACCACAUCGUGUUCCGCAUCAGCGACGGCCGCCACAGCGUCCGGCACAAGUUCCCCAUCAACGUCCUCCCCAAAGACGACUCUCCGCCGUUCCUCAUCAACAACGUGGCGGUGGAGGUGCAGGAGGGCGGCGCCGUGCGGCUGCAGGAGUACAUGCUGCUAGCAGCCGACCUCGACUCCAGCGACGACUACAUCCUCUACCAGAUCGUCUCCAUCCCCCGGGCCGGUCAGCUGAUCAGGAGGAGCUCCACCCAGGACGCAGGACUUCAGGUGGACAGAUUCCUCCAGAAGGACCUCCUCCAGGGUCUGAUCUUCUACCAGCACAACGGAGACGAGACGUUUGAGGACUCCUUCGACCUGACGCUGUCCGACAGCCACCAGCCUCCAAACCUGUCCCAGACAUACACGGUGGUGGUCCAGGUGUUCCCGGUGAAGGACCAGCUACCCGUGGAGGCUCCAGGCAGCGUUCGCUCUCUGACAGUGAAGGAGACGGAGGUGGUCUUCAUCACUCAGACUCACCUGAACUUCUCCGACCCAGAACACCCCGACACGGACCUGACCUAUGACGUCACUCAGCUCUGCUUCAGCCCGGUGCAUCCUGGGCUGAUGGAUGCAGGACGUCUGUUCUACACCGACAGCAGCAGCAGCAUGAAGAGAGACCACAUGGUUCCAGUUCUGAAGUCCUUCACCCAGAAUGCAGUGAACCAUCUGAAGGUGGCCUUCAUGCCUCCGGUGGAGGACAUCGGCCCUGAGCCGCUCUUUGUCCAGUUUGUCUUCUCCGUCACAGACAUCCACGGCGGCACUGUGUCUGGACUAACAUUCAACAUCACCAUUCUCCCUGUUGAUGACCAGGCGCCGCAGGCCUUCACCAACCUGCUGCGGGUGGAGGAGGGCGGCGCCGCCUUUGUGACGGAGGAGAACCUCCUGGUCCAGGACCGGGACAGUCCAGAGGCGGCUCUGCUGGUGGAGCUGCAGCGGCCGGCGGGUCGAGGUCGUCUGGAGCUGCAGGGCCGAACGCUGCUGCCGGGGGAAGCCUUCAGUCUGCAGGACCUCAGAGCUCUCAGGCUCAGGUACAUCCAUGACGACUCUGAGACCACCGAGGACGAAGUGGGUCUGAAGGUGACGGACGGACUGAACUCUGUGGAUGUUGUCCUACAGAUUCAGGUGUUGCCGAUGAACGAUGAGCCCCCCCAGCUGGGCGGCGGCCUGCGGUCAUCUCUGAGCUGUGAGGAGGGGGGGCGUGUCCAGGUGACGGUGGAUUACCUGUCGGCCACCGACCGUGACAGCGACGACGCCCGACUCACCUACAUGCUGGCUCGGAGUCCCGGCAGAGGGGAGCUGCAGAGAGCCGGCCUCAGCGUGGACAAGUUCUCCCAGCUGGACCUGCUGCAGGGACACGUCUACUACGUCCACACAGGAGGAGAAAUCGGACCGGCGCCAGUGUUCGACACCGUCACUCUCAUCAUCUCUGACGGUGAGGCCGGAGAGACGGACAGCUGUUGUCAUGGAGACGCCCCGCCCCCUCCCGUCCCCCUGCACGGCACACUUCCUGUUUACGACCUGAACGUCACGGUGCUUCCUGUCAACAACAGAGUUCCCUCCAUCACGCUCGGUGAGUCUCUGCUGCUGGUGGAUGAAGGUUCCUCAGCGUGUCUCUGUGGUUCGGUUCUGGGGGCCUCGGACCCUGACAGUCCACCUGAGCAGCUCACCUUCUACCUGGAAGCUCCGCCCCUUCACGGCUUCCUGGAGAACAUGCUGCCGACGCCGGGCUCUGAGAAGAGCAACGCUGGAGUCCGAGUGGAAUCCUUCAGCCUCGUCCACCUGACCUCCGGCUUUAUCAACUACGUCCAAUCAGAGCACAGAGGGGUGGAGCCUACCGUGGACCAGCUGUCCGUCAGUGUGAGUGACGGGCUGCAUCGCUCCGCCCCCGUCCCCUUCUACAUCAUCAUCAAUCCGACCAAUGACGAGACGCCGUCGCUGCUGCUCACCAACUUCACCGUGGAUGAAGGAGGCGUCAGAGAGCUGACUCCCUCCAUCCUGGACGGUUCUGACCUGGAUGCUCCUCCGGACCUCCUCACCUUCUCCCUGCUCCAGCAGCCGGACCACGGCUUCCUGAUCAACUCCGUCUAUGGAUCCGACCGGCGGCGCGACCAGGAGAUGGAGGCUGAUCUGCUGAGGAGCCUCCUCGUCUCCUCCUUCACUCUGCAGGAGCUGAGGCAAGGGUUGAAGGUCUCUUACGUCCACGAUGACUCAGAAACCCAGAAGGACGUUCUGGUUCUGCGGCUGACAGACGGAGUUCAUUCAGUCGAAGGAACGAUUCAGGUCACAGUGCUGCCGGUUAACGACGACAAACCUCGACUGCUCAAGAACGCUGGUCUGGAGGUGGACUCAGGUGAGCGGAGGGUGAUUUCCAGCGUGGCUCUGGAGGCCGAGGACCUGGACACGCCCCCUGAACAGGUGUACUACGUCCUGAACGCUGCACCGCGGUUUGGAAACCUGCAGCUCAAGACGGAGCGGGGUUGGGUCGAGCUGUCGGCCGGUCAGAACUUCACUCAGGACGACGUGGAGAUGAACCGGCUCUGGUACCGACACACUGCAGCCACCAGCGCCGCCGGAUUCAAAGGUCACGACAGUUUCCGCUUCACGCUGAGCGACCGAGACAAUGAAUCUCCGGCUCAGAACUUCUUCAUCUCCAUCCAGAUGGUGCAGAAAGGUGACGUGGUCCUGCAGGUCCGGGCGGUGCGGCUGACGGAGGGCCAGCGGGUCGUCCUGAACACUGACGUCCUGCUGGCGUCCGACUCCUCGGGCCGACCGGAGGAGCUGUUCUACACGGUGUCGGUUCCGCCUCGCCACGGCCUCGUCCACGCCGCCCAGCAGCCGGGAGUCCCGCUGACGGGCUUCACCCAGCUGGACGUAGCCGCUAGCCGGGUGUGCUACACCCACGACAACAGCCACGACGCCCACACCGACUCCUUCAGUUUCGUCGUCACCAACGGCGACUCGUCUGUCAGCGGGACGCUCCACCUGACCAUCGAGCUCGGCGACCGCAUCCCCCCGACCCUCCACCGUAACGGCGCCCUCCAGCUGCAGGACGGCGCCACGGCAGCCAUCACCACCGACCAGCUGCAGCUCACCGACCCCGACACCGCCGCCGCCAACCUGAGCUACGUCGUCACCGAGCCGCCACGCCACGGGAAGCUGCUGCUGGGCGGGGCCCCGCUGGCUCCGCCCCUCAGGUUCCUCCAGACCGAUGUGGACCGGAUGGACCUGGCUUACCGGCACGACCUGGGAAGCCCCGCCCACAUCGACAGGUUCUACUUCCUGCCCAGCGACGGAACCAACAGAGGAUACCUGGAGUUCGGACAGCUGAGGGAGGAGCCUGCAGUGUUCAACAUCCAGGUGCAGCGAGUGGACCGGACUCCUCCCAGUCUGAGCAGAACCUCCAGUCCCAGCUCGGUGGUGGAUCUGGGCGCCGGACGCUACGGGAUCUACGUCACCAACAAACACCUGCAGGGAACCGACCCGGACAGCAGAACCGAGGAACUGGAGUUCUCCAUCAGCAGACCGCCACACUACGGAUACCUGGAGAACACAGAGACAGGAGCCUACAUCCGGGGCCGGUUCACCCAGCAGGACUUGGACCGGCGCUUCGUGCUGUUCGUCCUCCCUGCAGACGUGGAGACGACGGCCGACAGCUUCCAGUUCGUCCUCAGCGACCCGGCAGGAAACGCCUCUCCUCCACAGCUGUUGGAGCUGUCCUGGUCUCGGGUGGAGCUGUCGGCGACCUGCUACAGGACCUGUGAGACGUCCAGAACCCUGCAGAUCCAGAUCCAGCGCAGCGGCAGGAGCGUCGACCCGGCUUACGUCGCCAUCCAGGUGGAGGAGGGAUCGGCCAAACCGGGACGAGACUUCACCCACAGCAGCGCCGGCCUGAUCCAGUUCGAUCCAGGUGUCAACAUGAAGACCUGGAACAUCUACCUGGUGGACGAUGGUCUGGAGGAGAACCACGAGACCUUCACCGUCACCCUGAAGAACCCACAAAACGCCGUCCUGGGAUCGAGGAGCUCCGCCAGCGUGGAGAUCAUCGACCCACGAGGAGGAAGCUGCGACCCAGAAGACCUGAAGGUGGAGGCUGACCAUCGACCUCCUGGUUCUCCUCCUGCUUCUCCUCCUGCUUCUCCUCCUGCUUCUCCUCCUGCUUCUCCUCCUGGUUCUCCUCCUGGUUCUCCUCCUGGUUCUCCUCCUGGUUCUCCUCCUGGUUCUCCUCCUGGUUCUCCUCUACUCCCUGAGGAGGACCAGGAACCCGUCACCGACAUUGAGGCUGAGCUGCUGUGGGAGAACCAUCCUCAUCCUCCCAGAGGAGACGUCCCGAACCGCCGCCCCGACCUGGACUAUGGGGAGGUGGAGCCCCAGGACCAGGCAGUGCCGAGCUCCAGACACACAAACCAUCACCCCAGGCAGCAUCCAUGGACAGAUACUGGAGGUCCUGGAGGUUCUGGACACAGGUUGGGAGUUGGACUGAAGGUCCGUCUGCCGGCUGAGAGACGGUCUGAGGAGAAGGUCUGGACGUUCCACAGUCUGACUCCUGUCCGGCUGGAGGAGCUGCAGCCUGGAUGGAACCCGUCGACUCACAGUCGCCUCCUGCAGGAGGUUCAGGUCGGAGACGCAGCUCAGAGGGACCAUCCAGGACCAGGACCAGAACCAGAACCAGAACCAGGGCUCCAACAACACAAGACGGGCCGGUCCAUGAGCAUCUCGUGUUCUGACGGUUGGACUCGGUACCGGAGGCGCUGCUACAUCGUCAGUCCAUCGGUGGCGAGUUGGUCCAGCGCUGAAAGAAGCUGCUCUCUGCUGUUUAACAGCAGUUUGACCAGCGUCCAGUCCAGGAGAGACCUGAGCUGGUUGUGGAGGUUCGCAGGGAAGAAGCCCUUCUGGAUCGGUCCGUCUGGAGCUUCCUCCAGGCUGCAGGUGGCGCCGUCUGGCCGUGGAUCAGACUGUGUACUGGUCCAAACCCCCAGAAGCUGGAUUUCUACAAGCUGCUCGGCUGAAACGGAACACAGAUUCGUCUGUUCGUCUCCGGCUCAGACCCACUGAAUAUUUAGCUCCCAGACCUUCUAUAAAUGCUGCUCUGUACAUUAGUUCCAUUCUUUGUUUAAAUAAAGCUGCUGCACAAACUGACUCUGA